CUUAACAUCCAAGCUGUGAAGUCGGCUGUUGUUGACAUUGACUUGCUGUAAUGUUGACGUUUUCAUUUGAACCAUUAUCCACCCUGACCCUGGGCCACCAUCAAUACUUAUAUUUCCGAUUCAUCCAACUAGCCGAGCGAAAGACGAAAGAAUAGUGUUUUUACGACUACGAUUGUGAGAGCGAGAAUCACACAUUUAUUUUAUCUCUGUUCGCUAAUAACGUUGUUUGAAUCAAUUGGAGUAUAAACAAAUCUGCGAAUCAUUGUCUUGUGUUGAUCACAGUUAUUAAUAAAAAACAAGAACGCCCGCAGACUAAUAAAAAAAAUGUCGCUUUACACAAAAAGUGGAGAUAAAACUCACGAUGAGAAAAUCCUAUUGCCAUACACCUACAUACAGCAAGUGCCAGGCAAACAGAUUCGCACGAAGCUCAUCUCCGCAUUCAAUUACUGGCUCAAAGUUGCCAAUGAGAAGAUCCUCGCUGUCGGAGAAAUUGUGCAGAUGCUGCAUAAUUCCAGUUUGUUAAUUGAUGAUAUACAAGACAAUUCUAUUCUGCGUCGAGGAAUCCCAGUGGCUCACUCCAUCUAUGGGGUUGCCAGUACCAUUAAUGCUGCAAAUUACGUCAUGAUCAUUGCUUUAGAGAAAACCUUGGAGUUGGGACACCCAAAUGCAACAGCGGUAUACACUGAACAGCUUUUGGAGCUGCACCGAGGUCAAGGCAUGGAGAUUUACUGGCGCGACAACUUCCAAUGCCCCUCUGAGGACGAAUACAAGCAGAUGACCAUGAAGAAGACCGGCGGCCUAUUCAUGCUCGCUAUACGCCUAAUGCAAUUGUUCAGUGACAACAAGUCAGACUUCAGCAAACUCUCGGCCAUACUCGGCCUGUACUUCCAGAUCAGGGACGAUUACUGCAACCUGUGUCUUCAGGAGUACUCAGAAAACAAGAGUUUCUGCGAAGACCUGACUGAAGGCAAGUUCAGUUUCCCGAUCAUACACGCGAUAAGGAACCAAGAUGGCGACAAUCAAGUGCUUCACAUUCUAAGACAGCGCACUCGCGACGUAGAAGUGAAACGGUAUUGCAUAUCGUUAUUGGAGCGGCUGGGCAGUUUCCAGUACACGAGGGACACACUCAUACAAUUGGACGCAGAAGCUAGAGCCGAGAUCGCAUCUCUGGGAGGAAAUCCGCACUUGGACACGCUUCUGGAUGAGCUGCUGAGUUGGAGGCGAGAUGUUAAGAUGGACGACGCGUAAAUACACUAUAAAAGAGUAAUUGAACGCCGGUAAGUGAAAUUUUAAAGCU